GUAUUCGUUCGUUACUGGUCAGCGUUACAAUCAAGAUGGCGGACGGGCCAGGGGCGGACGGACUAUUGUGAAUCGUGGUCGCAUUUCGUGGGAUUUUAGGUUUUAUCGUUUUACAAAAUGCCACUAAAGGACCUUUUUGCCAAGGCUCCACCUCCGCUACCUCCAAGUGAAGAACCUUGGCCCCGACCAGAAACUUCUAGGGAGACAGUCAGACAGUCUUCACUUCACUCGGCUACCGCCCGUCCAACACUCGACGAAUUCUUGCGGACAAAUUAUCUAAUGAUCCCAGACUUCUUGUUGAAAGUCACCCAGGCAAAGGUAGCGGCAAGAAUGGGGAAAAGUAGUCAUGAUUUCCAGAGUGCGGCAUCUAAGCAAAGCAUGUUAACUUUUGGAACUGUACAAGGGCGUAGCACUUCUUCUGCUUCAGCUAAUGUUUCCCCUUGUAACAUCGUUAGCAAUACCGAUAAAGAAGUGAAAAUUAUUGAAAGCAGGGGAAAACAAGUAAAAGAACCAACAGCAAAUCCCGCAAUUCGUAGCACUAAGAACAGUGAUAUGCUAUGUACUGUACUUUCACGAAAGCAAAGCUGUGAAGAAAUUCAGGUUCCCCCACCAUUGAAACCAAAGCCCAGGGUUAAGAAAGUAAUGAGAGGAGGGUCCUUAGUAACCAUUCCUCCCCCACAGCCCAGAAGACAGGAGUCUGUCAAAGAUGGUGGAAAAAGCACGUUUUCUGAUACUAAUGUAUGUUUAAUGAGCAGUCUGGAAGGCAGAGAUGCAGCUUGUGAUGUUUGUGAGAGAAGCAUUCAGGAAAUUGUGGAAAAUCCAAGUUUCAAAGAAACUCAUGACGAUCAGGAGCUUGCAAAGAAAGAGGGUUCAAUCAACUCUGGUUUUGAAGCAGAUAAUUUAGAGACAAAAGUUUCCAGCCGGGACAACAGAGGGUCUGGAACAGAAGUUUUAACAGAGGAUUGUGAGGUAAAACAGGUCCCAUUAACCCACUGUGAUACUGCAGUAUCAGAAAAAAGUCACAACACCUCAUAUGGAAAUUCAAAUGACAAUUUUAAUGAAUCUGACAGCAAUACCUGUCCAAGUGCCACACCUAAAGCAGAUGAAAGCAUUAAUUUACUUAGUGAGGUUCCUGAGGUAAUUCUGGAUAAGGGCUCUGAGAAGGUAUCUAAUAAAGAACAUCAAGGGGAGUUCACAUCAGGCCUGAAAAGUGGCUCUUACGGGAAAGCUGCUAUUGCCAAAGACAGUGAAGUUAACAGUGAAGACCUAAGGCUUAGUGAAAAUCUUGAAAGGGCCCUUUGUGACGAUCUUGAUGGGAUGCCACCUGUUUUAGACCCAGAAGAAAUGACAAUCUGUAAGGACCCUUUGGAAAAAACUAAGACAGAACUAACGCCACAAGGCAUAGUCAUUGUAGACCCUCAGCUAAUAACUAUGGAUAACCCCAUUAUCAGGGAGAAAUCAGCUGAUUUGCCACAUAAAUUAGUCAUACAAAGUUCCAUUAUGAAACAAACCCUGGCCAAUAAUAAGGAAGGUCAGUCUGCCAGAGAACCUAGUGAGAAGAAUGCCAGUGGGAGCAACCCUUCAGAAAAACUUGUUAAUGACAAAGAGGACAAACAUCUUAAUGAUUUUGGUGAUAAGGACAAUGAAAUUUAUUGUUACAAUGAUGAGCAGAAUGUCCCUGCU